AUGGCUUCUUCGCCUGAUGCGGCUGUUAUCGAUCUUGCCACCAAGCCCAAGGACCAUCUCACAGCACUCCCAUCAGAGCUACUGCACCUCGUCUUUGAUUAUGUUUUCCCAACACAUAUAGAGGACAUCGCCUUCCUCCAGGAAGAUGUACUGGUACGGCUGAAGAAGACCCCACAUGAUCUCGAGAAGCUCGCCAUGACCUGUCAUUCCCUUCGCGACGAACUCGAUGCAUGGGCAAGACAUUGGGUCAUCUCUCAUGCCGAGAUAGCUCGCUACAAGCCACUGAAGAAUCAAAAGAAAGAAUCGAGCCGUCUUAUGCUGCGUGCAAAACACUGCAUCUUCUGUGGCAAAUACUGCUCUCGCUCCGCGAUCCUCUCAAAUGGCUUCCGCUGCUGCACGAAAUGCGAUCUGAAGCACUGGCCUGACAAGAUUACAAAGACGCAAGCCAAGGAAGAGUUUAAUCUACGCGACCAUCAGCUCCUGCCACAGCAGCACAGUCCAGUCCUGGUCAAGCACGGCGCGAAUAAGUUUCCCCGGCUUCGCUAUGGUACAUGCAUGACUUCAAACAUCCGUACGACGAUGUUUUUGCGUGAGGACGUAAGGAGGCUGGCUGAAGCGAUCCAUGGUGAUGUAGAAGCACAUAUGGCCGCUCAGAGGCGUGCGGCUGAUGCUCGGAAGAGAAAGAUGGAGGCGAAUGCUGAGAAGAAACGGCAGAUGGACGUCGAGUGGAUGAGGCUCAUUGCUCAGUCGACCUACUAA